AUGGGCCAGCGGAAUCUGCAGCUGCAAAGAAGAAAAAAAAAGAAGAAGGAAAAAGAAAAGGAGAAAAAGGCAGCAGCUGCUGCAGCUGCAGUCGAGGAUAAACAGAAAGAGACCAAAGCCGAGGAAAGUAAAUUGGCUGGGAAGAAAGUUCCAAAGCAUGUUAGAGAGCUGCAGGAGCGACUUGCCAAACAGAGGGAAGCUGAGGAGAAGAAAAAACGGGAAGAAGAGGAGCGAUUGAGGAAAGAAGAGGAGGAAAGGCUUUGGAAGGAAGAGGAGGAAAGGAUAGCAAACGAGAAAAAGCGCUUAAAGAAAGAAAGAGAGAAGGAGAAGCUUCUGAAGAAAAAGCAAGAAGGGAAUCUUCUCACUGGGAAGCAGAAGGAAGAAGCUCGUAGGCUAGAGUCAAUGAGGAAGCAAAUACUAGCUAAUGCUAACUUGCAAAUAUUCACAGGAGAAACUGUUGGGGCACCUGCCAAACGACCUCUAUAUCAGAAGAAAAAGCAAAUGCCGGUAGCUCAAUCAAACGGAGCAGCCACAUCAGACAGUGUUGACAGUGCAGUUUCAGAGGAGAACCAGCAAGAAAUUGUAUCCAGACUGGAUACCGUGGAAAGCGAGAAUGUUGAGGACGUUACUUCAGCGACAGUAAAGGAUAAAAAUUAUGGUUCUGAUGUAGUUCAAGAGAAUGUAGUGGAUGAGGAGGAAGAAGAAGAUGAUGACGAAGAAUGGGAUGCUAAAAGCUGGGAUGAUGCUGAUCUGAAAUUGCCAGGAAAAAGUGCAUUUGCUGAUGAAGAAGUUGACUCCGAGCCUGAACCUUUGCCCAAGAAAGAGAUAAAGAGUGCACGUACUUCAACUCGAGAUGUUGAGGUACCGCACGUUGCAGCCAAGACAGUUGGUAUACCUGCGAAUGUUGCUUCAGUGAUUCCACGGAGAUCUGAGAAUGUGGACGUUAGAAAAAAGAACUCUAAGGCUGAGGAUGCCCACAGGAACAAUAAUAAGGUUCCUGUUCUUGAGAAGGACAAAAAAGAAGUUCUUGACAAGAGAGAGGAACGUCAAAAGUCAGAUAAUCAGCCUGCCCCGAGUGAGCAGAAUUUGCGGUCCCCAAUUUGCUGUAUUAUGGGCCAUGUUGAUUCUGGUAAGACAACAUUGCUUGAUUGCAUAAGAGGUACUAAUGUCCAAGAAGGUGAGGCUGGUGGGAUUACACAGCAAAUUGGAGCAACCUAUUUCCCUGCUGAGAACAUUCGUGAGAGAAUGAAGGAACUCAAAGCUGAUGUAAGGCUGAAUGUCCCAGGUCUAUUGGUGAUUGAUACACCUGGUCAUGCAUCCUUUACUAAUCUGCGUUCCAGAGGGUCAGGGUUAUGUGAUCUUGCAAUUUUGGUGGUUGAUACAAUGCAUGGGCUGAAACCACAAACCAUUGAAUCUCUCAAUCUAUUGAAGAUGAGAAAUACUGAUUUCAUAAUAGCCUUGAAUAAAGUGGACAGAUUCUAUGGAUGGAAAACAUGCCGCAAUGCACCGAUACGGAAAGCAAUGGAGCAACAGACAAGAGAUGUUGAUAUUGACUUUAGUCAUCGGCUUAACGCGGUUAAAGAUCAGUUACAGAUUCAAGGUCUAAAUACUGAGUUGUAUUACAAUAUCGAAAAAAUGGGUGAAACAGUCAGCAUCGUCCCCACUAGUGCUAAAAGUGGUGAAGGUGUCCCUGACUUGCUGUUCGUGCUUAUUAAAAAAAUGGCACAGAAGAAAAUGAAUAAAAGACUUACAUACAGUAGUGAAGUGCAGUGUACUGUCUUGGAGGUCAAAUUUAUUGAAGGAAAAGGGACAACAAUUGAUGUGGUUCUGGUGAAUGGUGUGCUUCAUGAAGGAGAUCGAAUAGUUGUUUGUGGCUUGCAGGGACCAAUUGAGACCACAAUUAGAGCCUUAUUAACACCACAUCCGAUGAAGGAGCUCCGAGUGAAGGGGUCUUAUUUGCGUCAUAAAGAAAUCAAGGCUGCGCAGGGUAUCAAGAUCACAGCCCAGGGCCUUGAGCAUACAAUUGCAGGGACCAGUCUUUAUGUUGUGGGGCCACAUGAUGAUUUGGAAGACAUCAAAGAAGCAGCUGUGGAAGAUAUGAAGUCAGUAAUGAGUAGAAUUGACAUAAGUGGUGAGGGGGUCUAUGUUCAAGCGUCUACUCUUGGGUCGUUAGAAGCAUUGCUGGAGUUCUUGAAGACUCCGGUAGUUAAUAUACCUGUCAGUGGCAUAAGCAUAGGGCCAGUACACAAGAAAGAUGUAAUGAAGGCGAGUGUGAUGCUUGAGAAGAAAAAAGAAUAUGGGACAAUAUUGGCUUUUGAUGUUAAAGUAACCCAAGAAGCUCGGGAGCUAGCUGAUGAGCUUGGUGUAAAGAUAUUUAUUGCGGACAUUAUUUACCACUUAUUCGAUCGAUUUAAUGCUUACAUUGUUAAUCUCAAGGAAGAGAGGAAGGAAGAGGCUUCUGACGAAGCAGUUUUUCCAUGUGUCCUCAAGAUAAUGCCAAAUUGUGUGUUCAACAAGAAGAAUCCCAUUCUCUUGGGAGUUGAUGUCCUUGAAGGCACAGUGAAGGUUCGGACUCCUAUAUGUGUUCCUCAAAAAGAUUUCCUUGAAAUUGGUCGGAUAGUUUCUAUUGAGAAUAAUAACAAGCGACUUGAUUAUGCCAAGAAGGGCCAGAAGGUGUCCAUUAAGAUUACUGGCACCAAUCCUGAGGAACAGCAGAAGAUGUUUGGCAGGCAUUUCGAGAUGGAGGAUGAGCUUGUGAGCAAAAUCAGUAGAAGCUCACUCGACGCUGUCAACGAAAAUUACAAGGAUGAUUUGUCUACUGAAGAGCAAGAGCUAUUGUCUAAACUGGAAAAGCUCUUCAAGAUAACGUGA